UAGAAAAGAUGUAACUUUAUAAUAUGUUUACUUUUUAUAAAUAACACCAUAAAGUUUAACAAUUAUAUUGUUAAAAGAGUUACUUUUGCAAUUAGUAAAAACUUAUUAAAAGUUGUGUUUUUUUAUAUUGAAAUUAAUCUGAGCUGAACAUUUCAUUAUCUGAGUAAUUCAAGUUGUGAAAUCAUUGCAAUUUUUACGGUUGAUUUUAAUGUUUCUUUAAAUCAGUAAGAAAUUAGUAUCGGAACAAUAUUUAGUUUUUUUAAAAAUCUUCUUAGAAUGGACCGAGAAGAACUUUAUUCUAAAGACAAUGAUUAUGACAAAAAGGCUACUUUGGAAUUGAGGAGGCAAGAAGAUAAAACGUACCACUGUGAUAUUAAAUCAAGUGGUAUUCAACUGACUAGCAGGCUUCAUCCAUGUGUUAUGUACAAAAGCUGGAUCUUUUCCUUGCUUAUGGGAAGCUGUCUUCUUGCAACAUCAGGAUUUUCAUUCUAUCUCGGCAAUAUAUAUCCUUCUGAAAUGGACUACUUACGUUGUGCAGCUGGUUCUUGUGUGCCUUCUGUGGUUGUGAAUUUUGCAAUGCUGAAAAACAAGGGUAGUUUGAUAGCUCAAUACCAGGUCUUAUUCAUAUCAACAUUUUCAAUUACCACUACCUGUCUAAUAUGGUUUGGAUGCAAACUUGCAAUUAACCCAACAGCAAUCAAUAUAAACUUCAAUUUGAUUCUACUAGUUCUGAUUGAAAUUCUUGUGGCGACAAAUGUAAUCAUCGCUGCAAGAUCAGAUGUGGACUUUUGUCAAGCAAACAGGGGUGUAACACGUGGAAAUGCAAGUUUCCUGAAACAUGUCAAGUUCCCAGCUCGCAUAAUAAAAUGUUAUUCUAGUUUCCCUAGUGCGAUUGCAAGUCACGUGGCUGCCGAAUAUCCCAAUAAAUGCUUGGUGGAAGUUGUGAUUACCACUUGCAGUAUUACAUCACCUUUGCUGUCCACUACAGCAGCCUACCUGUCAUUCAGUGUUGUGAAGAUUAUUGGUCUUGUAAAAACCUACCCAGAAACUGUUACUCUGUUUCAUGACAUCCUUAUAUUAGUUCUGAUGCUGAUCCUGUUGGUGCAAGCCCUGCUUACAAACCUUACUGUCGUACAAUGUAUACAUUACAAAUCACAGAAUAAAAUAUCCAGUUCAUCCUGGAAGGUGUCAAAUUUGGAUGAACUUGAUUAUAGAAAUUAUGACGUGUCCAGCAAUGCUGUGAGUGAAUUUGACAAAGACAAAUCAUGGAAAACUGUAAUGGUGCAGAUGUCCCAGUAAUACCUUUCUGAACACUGUUUGCUACUAAUGUAUAACCCUGCUGACAGCAUCUGAGCUGUCCUUGCAAUGUAAAGAGGUAGUCAACAUCUUUGUAAUGGAUAAGUAUAAGAACCACUGAGAUGUUGCUACAAUAUAUACUUACAACCCUCCAGCUUUCACAUCCUCAUUAAAUGAACCCCAUCCAUUUCGGAAAUCAAGAACAUGUGCACAUUCAUGGGGAAUUUGAAAUGUUUGUUUCCUUUGGGUUUUUUGUAUUGCUGGGCUUCAACAGCUCUAAGUAUUGUUAAUAAAUAGCAUUACAUGUGUUUAUAUCUUAACUAGUGUAAAUAAACAUAAUUCUUCUUCUUCUAAA